UUUAGCAGGCCUGGGCUGGGUUCAAGCCCACCAGCCUCGAUGUAUGUGGCUGGUGUCCUAACUACUGAGCUGUGGGUGGCCAAAAGAAGCUAUUUUAAAACUUAAAUUACAGUUUCUAUGCCAUAUGUUUCAUCCUUUGAUCUUCUUCUGGUAGACUCAGGAAAAACUUAGUAGUAAAAGCAUUUUGCCUGUUGAAUCAUGAAUUCAUUCAUUAGAAAGGUACUGUGUGCCUCCCUGGCUGCCCGAGGAUCGCCCGCCAUCAUGAACGACACAGUAACUAUCCGGACCAGGAAGUUCAUGACUAACCGACUACUUCAGAGGAAACAAAUGGUCAUUGAUGUCCUUCACCCUGGGAAGGCAACAGUACCAAAGACAGAAAUUAGAGAAAAACUAGCCAAAAUGUACAAGACCACACCUGAUGUCAUCUUCGUAUUUGGAUUCAGAACUCAUUUUGGUGGUGGGAAGACAACGGGCUUUGGCAUGAUUUAUGAUUCUUUGGAUUAUGCAAAGAAAAAUGAACUCAAACAUAGACUUGCAAGGCAUGGCCCGUAUGAGAAGAAAAAGAUAUCAAAAAAGCAGUGAAAGGAACGCAAGAACAGAAUGAAGAAAGUCAGGGGGACUGCAAAGGCUAAUGUUGGUGCUGGCAAAAAGGCGAAGGACUAAAGACUCUACAGUGAUGUUAUCUGCAGCCAUUGUAUAGAUUUUUCACAAGAAGAUUAAUAAA